AUGCAGAAAGAAUCUUGGAACUCGAUGAGUAUCAUUCUUGUUACUCUUUCUUUUCUCUUUGUGUUCAUUUUUAGUUCUCAAGAUGUAUUUUCGGCUCCUUCUUCUAGGCACUUGUGUCUUCCUGAACAAAGGGAUGCACUUAUCGAGUUCAAAAACGAGUUUGAGAUUGGCCAACUUAAUCAGUUUUGUGAUAGUGGUCAACCAAAGACGAAGUCAUGGGUGAAUAACAGCGACUGUUGUUAUUGGGACGGUGUCAUGUGUGAUGCCAAAUCUGGGGAAGUGGUCGAGCUAGACCUUAACUGCAGUCGCCUCCAUGGUUGGUUUCAUUCUAAUAGUAAGCUUUUUAGGAUUCAAAGCCUUCGUUCACUUGACCUUUCAUUUAAUGAUCUCAGCGGUCAAAUUUUGUGGUCAAUUGGAAACUUUUCUCAUCUUAUCACUCUCGAUCUUUCUAAUAAUUACUUUAGUGGUAGGAUUCCUUCUUCGAUUGGAAACCUUUCUAAUCUCACUAAUCUCCGCCUCCAUUAUAACAGUUUUGAUGGUGAAAUCCCAUCUUCACUUGGAAAUCUUUCCCAUCUCACCUCUCUCGACCUCGGUGGUAACAAUUUAGUUGGUGAAAUCCCAUCUUCUUUUGGUAGUUUGAACAACUUGGACGUCUUAGAAGCUAGCUCCAAUAAACUUAGUGGUAGCUUCCCUCUUCCACUAUUAAACUUGACAAAACUGUCAGUUUUAUCGCUCUCUAGUAAUCAGUUCACAGGAACGCUUCCUUCUUCUCUCUUGACCCUUCCUUCUAAUUGGGAAUUUCUUAAUUUGGCAAAUAACCAAUUCAACGGCACUCUUGAAUUAGGACAUAUAUCUUCAUCAUCUCAGCUAAGAGGGUUAUUCCUUGGCAAUAACAACUUCAGAGGGUCAAUCCCCAUAUCCCUUUCCAUAUUAGUCAACCUUGAGACACUCCACCUUUCUUAUUUAAACACCCAAGGCUCAGUUGACUUAAGCAUCUUCUCCCAUCUCAAGUCGCUCGAAGAUCUUGACAUAUCCCAUUUGAACACAACCACUACGAUGGACUUGAAUGCAAUCUUAUCAGUUAACAAGAGGCUCGUUGAAUUGGAUCUCUCAGGCAACCAUGUUUCAGCCAUAAACAAGAGUUCAGUUUCAGAUCCUCCUUCGCAAUCGAUUACGGGACUAACCUUGUCAGGAUGCGGUAUCACCGAGUUUCCGGAGUUCCUAAGAACCGAACACGAAAUGUGGUUUCUCGACAUUUCCAACAACAGAAUCAAAGGUCAAGUUCCUGGCUGGUUAUGGACGCUACCAAAUCUGUUUUUGUGA